UAUUUCUGUGUCUGCAUCUGUGUGUAUAUAUUUAUUCCGUAUGGCGUGUACCUUUAACCAGUUCAUAAACAAUCCAAAAGUCACAAAGAGAAAGUGAAAAAUGUCGGCGUCUGACAAGAAACCGUUGGUUCCGUCGUCUCAUAUCACCGUCAAGAUCAAAAGUCAGGAUGACGUAUGUGUGUACUUCCGGAUUAAGAGGGACGUUGAGGUCCGUAAGAUGAUGCAACCAUAUUCCGACAAAGUUGGAAGACAACUAUCAAAUUUUAGAUUCCUCUUCGAUGGAACUAGAAUCAAACUCAAUCAAACUCCCAAUGAGAUUGGGCUUGAAGAAGGAGAUGAAAUAGAAGCAUUUGUUGAACAACUAGGAGGGUUCAGCUUCUUUCAUCGCCAUUAAGAGUAUCUUAAAACGACAUAAAAAAAAAAAGUCGUGCGUACGGCUCAGAAAAGAUCAAUAUUAGUAUAAUCUUUGUUUAACUAUUUUCACCUACUUUUUUAA